AAAUUUCCCUGGCGCACCAUUGUCUUCUCCAAAAGGGCAAACAACAAUGGCGUCCCUUGACCCCUCUCUGGAACCCAAGCAUGUCCUCCUAUUCUCAGUACCACUACUCAUAGCUCCUCUGGUAAUAUUGUUAUACUUCCAAGCUGUUCGCAACAAGAAGAACGCCAUCCGUCUGCCCCCGAGCCCCCUGAGGCUACCCAUCAUAGGGCAUCUACACCUGAUGGUGAAUGAGCCCCACCGGUCACUGCAGAAGUUGGCCCGCAGCCUGGGCCCAGUCGUGUACCUGCAGCUCGGCGACAUCGCCGCCGUCGUGGUUUCCUCGCCGGAGGCGGCUACGGAGGUGCUCAAGACGCAUGAUGUCCAUUGCUGCAGCCGACCCUCCUCCCCAGGUGCAAAUUUAAUUACCUACGGGCAACAAGACAUCGCAUUCUCGCCAUACAACGAAAGCUGGCGUGAGAGGCGCAAGCUGUUCGUUUCGGAACUCGUAAGCAGCAAACGCGUCCAGUCCUUCGCGCACGCGCUAGAAGCUCAAGUUGGCAACCUUAUCCAAUCACUAUCACAGUCUCCACCGUCCAAGCCCGUCAACCUGAACGAGACCCUCUUCACGCUCAUCGACGGCUUCAUCGGCACCGUGGCUUUCGGAAGCAUGAACGGUGCUAAGCUCAUGAAAUACGCCAAGUUCCAGCAGGUUUUUAGCGAAGCCAUGGUCGCCCUCUCGGCCUUCUCCGCGCAGGACUUCUUCCCAGCGUCGCCGAUGAGCCGAUGGUUCGACAAGCUAGUCGGGCUAGAGGCGCGGUACCGUAGGAUAUUCCUAGAGCUGGAUGCAUACUUCGAGAUGGUGCUCAGCCAGCAUAUGGAUCCAGGAAGGGUGAAACCUGAGACGGAUGACCUUGUGGAUGUGCUCAUCAAUCUCUGGAAGGGACAAGCACUAACAAAAGACCACCUCAAGGCUCUCAUCAUGGAUGCGUUUAUAGGUGGCACAACCACAAGCUCGGUGACAUUGUUGUGGGCGAUGUCUGAGCUAAUCAAGAACCUGGCAGUGAUGAAGAAGGCCCAGACAGAGAUAAGGAAUAUGGUUGCCGACAAACAAACGCUGCAGGUCGACAACCUCUCUAAGCUCAAGUACCUGAAAAUGGUCGUCAAGGAAACGCUGCGAUUACAUCCACCAGCGCCGCUGCUCGUUCCAAGGGAGACGAUGGACCAUGUAAAAGUCCUCGGCUAUGAUAUCUCACCCAAGACAAGGAUCUUCGUCAACGUGUGGGCUAUAGGGAGGGACCCUGCCCGUUGGGAAAAACCUGAGGAGUUUUACCCCGAGAGGUUUGACAACAUUUCCAUUGAUUUUCAUGGAUCACACUAUGAGCUCCUGCCUUUUGGUGCGGGGCGGCGGAUCUGCCCAGCUAUCCACAUGGGCGCGACAAUCGUAGAGUUCACGCUUGCUAGUUUGCUGCAUUCAUUUGAUUGGGAAUUACCUCAAGGCAUGACAAGCCAAGAUGUGAGCAUGGAAGGGACCGGAAGACAAGUUUACUGCAGGAAGACUCCUCUUUACCUUGUUCCAUCCUGCAAGAAGCAGACCCACUUUCCAUAGGAGGUGGCUACUGGCUAGAUUGGUGACGGCGCGCGUAGAAAAACUCAGCCAAAAAAGUGUUCAGAUGGACGGCUAGAAUCGACUCGGCAGCGAGAUCAGAUGGCUGGAACCACAUAUGGCCAGAUAAAGCUCAGUUUCCCCUAGCUAUAUAUCUUUUAGAUUAGUCUUCCCAAAUUUUUUUUUUUUUACUUUAGCAAGUAACUAAGUGGAAGUUUUCACCUACGAUGGCGACAACUGCGUAGAUACAGAUUGAGUCUUCAACACUUUAAGCUAUUACUAUCUUUUGAGUUAUGUUAAAAGUGAUAUGUUCGUAUUA